AUGCAUAAUAUUCAAUUGAACUAUUUGUCGCAGUUUCUCAGAAAAUACAAAGAUUCACCUAAAUUCGCUCUGAAUUGGCACACUGAACUUGGUCACGAUUAUAUGAAUCAGGUCAAUGUUGCCGAUGACGAUUUCGCCGAAUUUCUCAAAGGACACUUUGAUCUGCUCCAGCGCACUCCUUUCUUAUUCGUGGUGGGCGAUCAUGGUCACCGCUUUGAUUCGAUUCGCCGAACUACCAUAGGACGGAUCGAGGAGCGUUUUCCCUUCUUUUCCAUGCACAUACCAGACGAUCUUCAAAGGAAAUUUCCACGACUCAACAAAACAGUGGAAGAGAACACCCAAGUGCUGACGUCAUUCUGGGACUUUUACGCGACAAUGCAAGACAUUCGGCAACUCGGUCAAUCUAAUAAAUGGGAACAUCUCUAUGGAAAUAGAACUGGUUCCCGUGCAAACGUUUUCAAGAAAGGAUUAAGCCUACUUCGACCAAUAACGGACCGAAACUGCAGAGAAGCUGGUAUUCCGGACGAGUUAUGCAUGUGCCGUAAUGAAGUCAUUGUGGACAUAAAUGAGAAUAUAGUUAGGCAACUUGCGAACGAGAUCAUACGCCAUCUAAACACCCUUCUGGCGCCAUCCGCUCAGUGUGCCAAGUUGACCUUGGCAAAAAUCCUACAUGCUACCGUAAUCGAAGACGAUGGCGACGCGAUCCGUGCUGAGACACAGUACCGGGUUACUAUUGAGGCAAAACCGUCAGGUGCCCUACUGGAGGCUCUACUUAAACACGAUCGGGCUCACGAUACCAUCAGUAUUUACCGUAACGUGAAUCGGGUCAACGCAUACGGUAAUCAGUCUACGUGUGUAUAUGAACAAGAGUUGAGAAAGUUUUGUUACUGUAUUUCUGGUCAGGACCAAUAG